GCAGACGGACCCACUCAGAGUCCCUUCCGCUCCAGGCUCUGUCGCCUCUCUCGUCACUUCCGGCGGCGACGGUUCAUACUGCGCCUGCGCAAGCGGGAUUUCCUUUCUCCGCGUCGGCGCCGGGCAGGAAGAUGGCUAAGCGCACCAAGAAAGUUGGGAUUGUGGGUAAAUAUGGUACCCGUUAUGGUGCAUCCCUUAGGAAAAUGGUGAAGAAAAUUGAAAUUAGCCAGCACGCCAAGUAUACCUGCUCCUUCUGUGGCAAGACCAAAAUGAAGAGGAAGGCCGUGGGUAUCUGGCACUGUGGAUCCUGCAUGAAGACAGUUGCUGGUGGUGCCUGGACUUACAAUACCACCUCUGCAGUGACAGUCAAAUCUGCGAUCAGAAGACUGAAGGAAUUGAAAGACCAGUAGAAGCUAUGUCCUGUUCUCCUUGUGAAACAUCCUUUUUUUCCACUGUCAAGAUCUGUCCUUUUAACAAUAAAAAGGUGAUAAUG